AUGGUGGCGGGCCUGUGCGCGGCUUUCGCCACCCCAGCUGCCGACCACGCUGCGGCGGCGGACGUGCAGCUGCGGGCGCUCGCGUUCUAUGACGCCUGCAUCCAGGUCCGCGCCACGGGCGGCUCCCUGUCCGGCGCCGGCGAGCUUGCCGGCAAGUUGGUUGAGCUGUCGGAGGCCCUUGCCCAGCUCAACGCUGCGCUGAUGGGCCUGGGCGGUGGCAUGGGGCCCGAGCACGAGACCCAGCUGGGUGCUGCCUGCUACGCCGUCCACGGCUGCGCCAUGCUGGGCCGCGCGCUGGCGCUGCCCCGCCACGUCGCCUACAGCGUGGCCCAGGGCGGGCUGCGCCUGGUGCUGGGCGCGGGGCGGGCGGCGCUGCUGGCGGGGCUGGCCGCCGCCGCGCGCGGCCCGGCGCCGGCGGCGCGCGCUGGCGAGCUGGCAGACGGCCUGCGCGCCGCGGCGGGGAUCCAGCUGGCCGCGCUGCACGGCAUGGCCUGCGGGCUGCAGCCUCCCGAGGAGACGCCGACGUUUGCAGCGGGGGUGGCGCCGCCGCGCGGCCUCCUGGCCUGGCUCCUCGCCGUCACCGACGCGCUGCUGCUGCCAGGCGCCCCGCCCCCAGAGGGCACUGCCCUCAAGUGGGCCAUGAGCUACCUUCCGCUGCUGGAGCUGGUGAUGCUGCCGCCCCUGCACCACCCCGGGGCCACCCCCGCCCUCAGCCCGGCCUUCCGCCUGGCCGCCUGCCGACUGGCGCUCACCCGCCUGCUGCCCGCCCUGGCGGCGGCGGCCGCCGCGGCGCUGGAUGCGGCGGACGGCGGCGGCGGCGGGCGCGGCGUGCGGCUGCCGCCGGGCACCUCCCCCGAGCUGGGCAGCCCGCCCUUCUUGCUGGAGCGGGUGUCCGGGCUGUGUGCCAUGCUGCAAGAGCGGGACACCCUCAUGCCCGCUCUGGUGGCGGUGGGGUGCCACGCCGAUGGGCCAGCCGCGGGGUGCGGAGGCGCGGCGGCGCUGGCGGCGCUGGCGGAGGCGGAGGCGGCGGUGUGGUGCUGCGGCUGCGAGGCGGCCGGCGACUUUGCCAAGCUGGCAGAGGUGACGGAGCGGCGCUGGCAGCAGACCGCGCAGGCGCCUGCGCUGGCCGCCGCGCACGCCCGCACCUGCCGCCUGGUGCACUGGCUGCUGGUGUGGACCCACGGCGACGCGCUGGUGGCGCGGCUGCUGCCAGACGGCGGCUGGUGCCGACUGGCGGCGGCCAUGCAGGGGCUGGCCGCGGCGGCGGGGUGGGCCGCGUGCGACGCGGCGGACGGCGAGGCGAGCGUUUGGGAGGAGCGGGAGAGCACCCUCGCCCAGCGCUCCAUCUUCGCGGCGCACCUGGGGGCGAGCGGGGCCCUGCUGCACGCGCUGGGCGACCGCGCCCAGCAGCGGGGCACCCUCGUGGGGGAGAGGUCUGGAGGGGGCGUCGUGCGGGGGCUCGGCGCGGGGCUUGGCGCCGUGAUCGGCCUGCUGCGCGGCGCCGGCUCCGCGAUGAGGGCCGCAGAGGCGCCGCGGAGCGCGGCGGGGUACAUGGCGGCGCUGCUGGUGGUGGUGCCUCACGACUGCUGGCACGGCGCAGACGACGCGCUGCUGCGGAAGCUGCUGGCGGCGGUGGCGGCGGAGCGGCCGCCGGGCCGGCGCUGGCCUGACGCGGCCGCCGCGCAGCGGCGGGGGCACAUGCUGACCACCCUGGCCAGCCUGGCGGACGCACAGCCGCGCCUGGCGGUCUCCCUGGUGCAGGCGGGGGUGCUGGAGCUGGCUCUAGACAGCGCCCUGCUCGCCGCCGCCUGCCCCUUUGACGCCCAGUACGACCUGUCGGCCUCCUGCCUGGAAGCCUACGCCUGCGUGGUGCAGGCGCUGCAGCGGGCGGCGGGCGAGGUGUGCGACGCCCUCGAGGCCGGCGGCGGCGGCGGGCCUGGCCCCGGCUCCAGCUCAUCGGCGGCGGCGGCGGCGGCGGCGGCGGCGGCCGACUUGGCGGCGCGGCUGCGGGCGGCACAGGCCGGCUUCGACGCGCUGAAGCAGGAGGCGCCGCGCCCCGCCGGGCAGCCCAGCUUUGCUGCCACUGGCGGGACCACGACAGAAGAGAUGGCGGGGCUCAGCCGCCGCCUGCUGCCGGCCGCCGCUGAGCUGGCGGCGCUGACGCGGCAGGGCUGGCAGGCCUCGCCCCUGGCGGCGGCCGCCCGCGGCUGCGCCUACCUGGCGUGCGCCAGCCUGGGCGGCGAGGGCGGCGCCGAGGCGGGGCAGGGCGGCGGCAGCCGGCGCUGCUCCGGGUGCCGCGUGGCCUGGUACUGCGGCACUGAGUGUUCCCAUGCCGACUGGAGGGCUGGGCACAAGCGGGUGUGCAAGGCGCUGGCGGCGGAGAGGGUGGCGGAGAGGGCGGCGGAGAGGGAGAGGGCGGCCGUGAGGGCACAGAGGGCGGCCGGCGGCAGCGAGCGGCGCACUGCGGCGGAGGGCAGAAGGGAAAGGGUGCGCACCCCACCUGAUGGGGCUUCUUGA